AAAAGUUGUUCUAGCCUUGUGUUAAUGGGGGAAGGUUUUAUCUCCUCUCCUUAAAUAUAGGUAUCACCCCCUUCAUUUUUCCCACAUCUCUCUCUCUCUCUCUCUCUCCUAUUGCCUGGUUUCUCAAGCUUGGAUUCAUUUAUUAUGGAGACAUUCCAAGAUAGUUUAAGAGAGCCGCUAGUGGUGGUGGACGUACCGGAUGAUGUUGAAAAUGCAUGCAAUGGAAAAUCGGAGAUGAUGAAGAUUAGGAUAAGAGAUUUGGUGAGGGAAUCUGACAAGGGAGACUUGAUACUAAGCAAGGUUAAUGUGGACAUACCCAGAGGUAUUAUCAUGGGGAUUAUUGGCCCUAGCGGUAGCGGCAAAUCCACCAUGCUCCGGGCCUUGAACCGCCUUUGGGAGCCACCCCAAGGGGCAGUAUUUUUGGAUGCCGAGGACAUUUGUAGUAUGGACGUCCUUGCCCUUCGCCGUAAGGUUGGAAUGUUAUUUCAACUUCCGGCUCUAUUUGAAGGGACAGUAGCAGACAAUGUGAGGUAUGGACCACAGCUGAGAGGAAAGAAGCUGAGUGACAAUGAGGUGUACAAGUUGCUCACCCUUGCUGACCUUGAUUCUACCUUUUUCAAUAAACCUGGUGGUGAAUUGUCUGUUGGUCAAGCUCAAAGAGUUGCUCUGGCUAGAACCCUUGCUAAUGAACCAGAGGUUUUGCUAUUGGAUGAGCCAACAAGUGCUUUGGAUCCAAUUUCAACACAAAACAUAGAGGAUGUUCUUGUGAAGCUGAAGAAGAAUAAAGGAAUGACUAUUGUCAUGGUCUCUCACAGCAUCAAACAAAUCCAGAGGAUUGCUGAUGUAGUAGCCCUCCUUGUCAAUGGUGAGGUUGUUGAAGUCUUAAAACCUGACCAACUCUCAGAAGCCAAGCACCCUAUGGCUCAAAGGUUCCUUCAACUCAGCUCCUAAUAGUUCUGCUACGAACACAAAAACCCGAAGAAGUUUUAGAGACACUUCUAAAAACCCUUGUCCGACUAUUAUAUUAUAUCUGGUUCUGUGACUGAUUUCUGUAUUAUUAGACUUAUUCGUUAGUUCUUCCUAUGUUGUAUUAUAUCGCGAUUUAUGUAAUGAUGUGUUCUUGAGAUUUUCUUGUGGCAAUAGCAUUGGUGAGUUUGUUCUUUGAUUCAAAUAUCAUCUCCAUUAGAUUCAA